AGCUCCUACUUCAUCUAUAAGGCGACAGAAACCCACUACAAGGCCUGUGCCGCCCAGGCCGACUAUGCCAUCGAACCUGCGGAUCGCAAGUCGGGCAAGCUGCGGACCACGGCCGACGGCGAGGAGAUUGGCGUGAGCAAGGGCGGACCGUGGCACCAAGACCUCGGUCUCCUCCCCACCUUUAGCACUUGGGCCCACGUCACCAUGCUGCACAUGUACCUGAUCGUGGUGCGCCUCCGCUGCCUCGACCGGGACGCCCAACAGGCCUGGCAGGCCCAGCUGGUCAACCACUUCUUCUACCACGCCGAGGCCAAGAUGGAGGACGUGCACGAGCUGACGUCGCGCACGAUCCGCCAGACCUACCUCAAGGACCUGUUCGUCCAGUGGCGCGGCCUGAUCCUGGCCUACGACGAGGGCAUCGUAAAGGGCGACGCCGUCCUUGCCUCGGCCCUGUGGCGGAACCUGUUCAAGGCCCGGGAGGACGUCGACGCGCGGGCGCUGGCCGCCGUGGUCGCGUGGAUGCGGGCCAGCCUGAAGCAGUUGGGCGAGAUGACGGACGAGGAGGUCGAGCUG